GUAUGCUCUGCGGCAGUUGGCACAUGCUCAGUGGGGAGGAAAAUGUCAGCUCCCAGGAAGGCGGCCUGUGCCGUGUGUUGUGCUGACAUGUGAUUGGAUAGAGGGAGGUGAUGGGACUCUGAGGAUGGCUCUGCCCUGGAAGAGGACCUGUCUGCCUGUGUGUGGGCUGAUCCGUCACAUUGCAGCCCUCCAGAUCUCCUCUACAAGGAGGAAGCACUCGGUGCCCUGGUACCAGGAGGUUCUGCAAACACCGGAUAAAACGAAGAAGGUUCAGAAGGAAGACCAACGCAGCAUCCUGAGGAACCCAGGGAUCGUCCUCGUCAGUAACCUCAGCAAGGAGGAGCUGUGCCAGCAUCUGGCUCAGAAUGUCGUCUACAGGGAAGGUCCGCUCCUUGCCAUUAACAAACCACAAGGACUGUCGAUUGCAGGAACUUCAGAGGAGAUCUCUCUGGUGUCCAUACUUCCAGAUCUACAGCAGUUGUUGGAGAUCAAACCUGAACUGCAUAUCGUGAAAGCAGCACCAAAGGAGAGCUCCGGCCUCGUCCUUCUCUCCACUUGCCAUGUGACAACCAAGCACUUUGAAGAUUUUUAUUCUCAGUGUCGCAAAGCAAAGAAACCAUUUACAACAUUCCGUGCGAUCACAUUGGGCGUGCCAGACCCAGCGGAGGGCGAUGUAAAAGUGGCUCUGAAGGAGGAAGAUAUUAAAGAUCUAAGGCUGGUGAUUCCAGUGACGUAUCCAUCCAGAGGGAGCCUGGAGAGGAGAGAGGUGAAGGAGACGCGGACGCUCUAUAUGGUUCUGCACUCUGCAGAUGGUUGUUCUUUACUUCAGCUGCAGCCCAUGACAGUCUUCAGAGAGCAGCUGAUGGUUCAAUGCACCCUGAAGUUUUGUCCGAUACUUGGUGACCACACGUAUAGCGCACGAGUAGGGAAGAUUUUGGGAAAGGACACCUACGUUCCGUUUGAUUUGGCGCUUCCACAAACCCAGAGGGUAGAAGAGAAGAUUCUUCGUAAGAUGCAUUUCUCAAGCCAGCAGAUGCCUCGGAUGCCCCUUCACCUCCACUUUCACCAGCUCAUAAUGCCGAAAGAUCCUCAAGGGAGGUACCCCGCACAUCUCCAGGCUCCACCCCUGCCCUUCUUCCAGCGGACAAUGGAACUCUUAGGACUUAGGGUGCAAAACUAACCUGCUUGCAUCAAGCAUGGAUUUCUGUAUUAAUGGAUUUGUGACACGAUUUCACUGUGGACUUAUUCUUCUUCUGCAGGGAGCUACAGGAAAACAGGGACAGUUUGAGUGUUCUCUAUGCACAUAAAAUCAGUAGCCUCAUUCUGGAUUCAUAAAAUAGGUUUUCUUUUUUUUUUUUUUUAAACAACAAUGGAACUUAAAGUGGUUGUAAGCCCUUACAUAUACCCAGUGAAGUGACUGGCCUCAAACAAUAAACAAAUCCAUAAGUUGUA